AUGGCAAACAAAACACAGCCGAUCCUUCCUCUAUUACUCGAAAAGAAACCAGUUGAGCUUGUCAAACCAUCAAAACAUACCCCUUCCGAAAUUCUCUCCCUUUCUACUUUAGACAACGAUCUUUUCAAUGAAGUUAUGUAUGCAACGAUCUACGUUUUCAAAGCUAAUGAAAAGAAUCAAAAUGAUCCUGUCCCUUUGCUUAGGAAGGCUUUGUCCGAACUUCUUGUGUUCUACUAUCCUCUUGCAGGCAAGCUAAAGAGACGAGAGAGUGAUCGAAAGCUUCAGCUGGUUUUUCAUGGUGAGGGAGUUCCAUUUGAGGUCGCUAACGCAUCUCUCGACCUCUCCUCUCUAAACUACAUAGAAAACCUUGAUGACCAAGUUGCUUUGCGCCUUGUGCCUGAAAUCGAAAUAGACUACGAUAGCAAUGUUUCUUAUCACCCACUAGCUUUGCAGGUGACCAAGUUUGCGUGCGGAGGGUUCACCAUUGGCACUGCAUUGACGCAUGCCGUGUGUGAUGGAUUCGGUGUUGCUCAGAUCAUCCAUGCUUUAACCGAGUUGGCUGCAGGAAAGAGCAAACCAUCAGUGAUGCCGGUGUGGCAGAGAGAGCGGUUGGUCGGAAAAGUUGAUAAUGAACCGGCCAAAGUGCCUGGAGGCCACAUUGCUUGUCUCUUGGCCACCUCACCAUAUCUUCCAACUACUGAUAUGGUAACGGAGAUAAUAAACAUUGGGGCUGUGACUAUAAAGAGGCUUAAAGAUUCUUUGAUGAGACAGUGCGACUUCCCAAAAGAGAGUUUCACUACUUAUGAAGUACUUAGUUCUUGCAUAUGGAAAGCAAGAUCUCGAGCCCUAAAACUAAAUCCUGACGGGAUCACUGUCCUCGGCGUAGCUGUUGGAAUCCGAAAUGUUUUGGAUCCGCCACUUCCUCAAGGAUUCUACGGUAACGCGUACAUAGACGUCUACGUCGAGUUAACCGUGAGAGAACUCGAAGAAGCAACACUCUCUGACAUUGCGACGCGUGUGAAGAAAGCCAAGAAAACAGCCUAUGACAAGGCGUAUCUCGAGGAAGAGCUAAAGAACACAGAGAGAUUGAUGAGGGAGGGUGCGACAUUCGAAGGGGUGAGCCACGGAUUAUUGUUCAUGACGGAUUGGAGGAAUAUUGGUUGGUUCGGAUCAAUGGAUUUUGGUUGGAAUGAGCCAGUGAAUCUACGGCCAUUGACGGAGCGGGGGAGUGCAGUGCAUAUAGGCAUGUUCUUGAGACCUUCGGAAUUGGAUCCAUCAAUGGAAGGUGGCGUUAAAGUGAUCAUGACGAUGCCGAGUGGUGCGAUGGUUAAAUUCAAGCAAGAGAUGGAUGCUGUGAACAAGCUUUAUUUUGGUGAUACUAACUAA